GCCAAUCAGGGCUAGCAGCCUGGGCUGCCAUGUGACAGGCGAGGCGGCCCCUCUCCCCAGCGCGGCCAGAGAGAGAGACGAGAGCCAGGGCUCAGAAGGAGCUCGAGCCAUCGCCAGCAGCAGCAGCAGCUGCGGUGGCAGAGGCAGCUGAGGAGCAGACGCGGUCCCGGCUGCGGAGGCUCCAAGGGACAGACGAACCUACAUCCCCGCCCUCCUCUAUCCCCGGGACAUUGCAAGGAGCCCGGCCGCUGCAGCGAGAUCUGCAGGACAAGGCUGGACAAAGCAAGAUGGCAGGGAUCUUAGCCUGGUUCUGGAACGAGAGGUUCUGGCUCCCCCACAAUGUCACCUGGGCAGAUCUGAAGAAUACAGAAGAAGCCACUUUCCCCCAGGCUGAAGAUCUCUAUCUUGCUUUCCCCUUGGCCUUCUUCAUCUUCAUGGUCAGGCUGGUAUUUGAAAGAUUCAUAGCCAAACCAUGUGCCUUAGGGCUUAACAUCCAGGCCAAUGGACCACAGAAAGCCCAGCCUAAUGCCAUUCUGGAAAAGGUCUUCACUGCAAUUACAAAGCAUCCAGAUGAGAAGAGACUGGAAGGUCUUUCCAAGCAGUUAGAUUGGGACGUUCGCAAUAUCCAGCGCUGGUUUCGACAGAGACGCAACCAGGAGAAGCCUAGCACUCUUACUAGGUUCUGUGAGAGCAUGUGGCGAUUUACAUUUUACCUUUAUGUGUUUACCUAUGGAGUCCGGUUUCUAAAAAAGACACCCUGGCUGUGGAACACAAAGCAGUGCUGGUACAAUUAUCCGUAUCAGCCACUGACACCUGACCUUCAUUACUACUAUAUCCUGGAAUUGUCCUUCUAUUGGUCCUUAAUGUUUUCUCAGUUCACUGACAUCAAAAGAAAGGACUUUGUUAUUAUGUUCCUGCAUCAUCUUGCAACCAUCUCCCUAAUCACCUUUUCAUAUGUCAACAAUAUGGCCCGAGUGGGGACCCUGGUCAUGUGUCUCCAUGAUGCAGCUGAUGCCCUGCUGGAGGCUGCCAAAAUGGCAAAUUAUGCCAAGUUUCAAAAACUGUGUGACCUAAUGUUUGUCAUGUUUGCAAUAGUCUUCAUCACCACAAGACUUGGUAUAUUUCCUCUCUGGGUAUUAAAUACAACAUUGUUUGAAAGCUGGGAAAUUGUUGGACCAUACCCAUCCUGGUGGGUUUUCAACUUGCUACUGUUGCUAAUUCAAGUCCUGAAUUGCUUCUGGUCUUACUUAAUUAUAAAGAUAGCUUGCAAAGCUAUUUCCAAGGGCAAGGCUGGGAAAUGGAAUCCUUUGCAUGUGUCCAAGGAUGACCGAAGUGAUAUUGAAUCCAGCUCAGAUGAGGAAGAUUCAGUGCUUCCUGCAAAGAACCCACACAACCCUACCACCAACACCAAUGGGACCAGCGGCACCAGUGGCACAAAUGGGUACCUUACAGGGGGUCCGUGUGCAGAGGAACACUAACUACUCUAAACCACAAGACCUGAACAAAGUGAACUCUUUGCUACUGGAAGUAUUUAACUAAGUUGCGAAUGCAGUCCCUUUGCUAUAUCUCAGCAUCAGAAACAAAAAUUAGGAUUAUCAAAGCAUUCUGAUAGUGCACUGCCGUAUUUCCUGUCUGUGAAUGAAGAAGACUUUCCAUUCUCUAUAUGUAGGCAUGCUAUAUGUAUAUGUUAUUGACCCAAAUGGGAACAGUAUUUUCAUAUGUAAUGUCUUUGCAUAUUAUUUAUUUUUUGUAUUUGUUUGUAAAUCUGUGGACAAAAGGGAACUGCCUCACUCCUUUUACUCUGCAAAUUCUUUUUGAGAGAAAGAGAUGCUCCUAUCUCUUCUAUCCCUUCUUGUUGCUGCAGCUUAGUCCCCUAUAAGUAUUUGUCAGCUUGAAUUGUCACUUAUAGUAAGCUAAAGACAGCUUUGCAGAUAACAGCUCAGCUCCAGAUGUUUGCCUCCUUUGUGUUAUAGUGCUGGUUUUGACAUUGCUGAUCACUUCGCAGUGGCUGUUCUCCCAAUGUAAAGUUUAAACAGGCUGAAUUAGUUUUGUAAGUAGUCUCUCUAAUGUGAUCAAUUAGCAGUUCAAAUUAAACAGUGGUUAUUAUAGGGUAUUAUUUUAGCAUUGUUUUAAAACUAAAUUGGUAGUUAAUUGCAUUAGAAUAGGCUCCAUUACUUGUGUGCAUACCCAUGAUAUAUUUAUGUCAAUGGCUAUGGUAAAUUCCUAGUUGCAGAUUAGUUCUGCCUUGUAAGCUUAACCCCAGCAGGAUAUAGCAUCUUGCACUGCUUCUGGUUCAGCUGAGAAACAUUUGCUCGGGUCCAUAGUUGUAAAUGGAAAAUUCGCAUUUAAUGUUGAGAAUUUGUCUCUAUGAGCUGGAAAGAAUGAAAGCAGAGCCCACCAGCUCAGAGAUUAGUCAUUAUUGCAUGCAUGCGCAGAAAGGUUUCAGCCAGGCUUCACCGCUCUCCCUAUAAUUGCUGUAAUAGUCUGCCUUGUCAUGGAAGAAAGAGAGAUGAAAGUCUUGCUCAAACAGAAAAGUCAAUUUUUAUAGCCUUUGAAGAGUUCUCCCUAGUGUCGAGCACUUUAUUGCAUCCAGCUUUUAAAACUCCUAUAGUAUUUGACCUGGGCAUGUGCGUGUGUGUCUUUGUGUGUGUGUGUGUCUGUGUCUGUAUGUCUGUGUGUGUGUGUGUGCAUAUGUAAUAAUUAUGCCUGACAGAAUUAGAAGGAAAAGAAUAUUUGACCUUCUUUCUCAUCCAAAAAACAGAAUGAUUUGCCUAUUCUACAAACUAAGCUACUGUCAGCUUGAUGAUCAAAAUCCCUCGGUGUAUACUUGUUUAGUUCCUAGCAAAGUUUCUAUAGGGCACUAUUCCUAUUGGAAAUAUUAACUUUCUCUUGGAAAAUUGUUCUCCCCAGCACUGGCUGGAUCAGCAGUGAGAGAUUUCUGGGCAACAGACUUGUUUAAACCUCCUUUCUGACAGUGUUAUAUGUGUGCAGAAAGAAAGAAAGAAAGAAAGGUACACAUGAACCAAAGAACUUUUUUUUUCAUAUAGGAGAGAAGGAGGAAGGAGCAAUAGCUUUUCCUCCUUAUCACAAGAAUAAAGAAUUGUCUCAGCUAGAAGAUCACACAUUAAAGAAUUAAACCUUCCCACUUCUUCAGAAAACAGUUCCUGGUUUAGCCCAUCCCAGUGGUUGAGGAAAUUUGGGAAGAUAUUGGCAUACAGUUGACAUAUGACAUUAGAUAGGUCAUUGAAAAAGCAAUAUUCCUGCUUCUUGUAGAACCCCAUUACUUCAGUUCAAAAAAUGAGGAUGUGUGUAUAUGUGUAUAUUUGUGUGUUUCUGUUAGUAAUCAAAAAGAAUUAAUAGCAUUUGUUUGUCAUCUGAAAACAUACUGAAAAUGUGAGCUCUUUUAAAAUAACAUCAAACAUGUUAGAAAAUUAAGAAAAGAAAGUUCAUCUUAUAUCUUUUAAAAUAAAGACAGAAAAAGUUAAAUAUGAUACCACGCUUUAGUUUCUAUGGUCAGUUUUCAGCCUACUUGAUUUCCAGCAGAAACAGUGGGAUGUAAACAUCAAAUCCUAAGUGUGUGUGGGAACUGGUCCCAACGAGGCCACGGGCUAUUCUAUUUGGAAAAGUAAUUUCAGAACGAUGAAUUUUGGAAUACGUGGUAGAGGAAUCAUUGCUUAAAGAUUAGGUAGAUGAUUUCUGAAUGUUGUUCAGGUUAGGUUGUGGUUUAUAUUUUUACUCGGAAGGUCAAUUAACAGGAGGUUUGGGAGGACCCCAAAGAUAGUGCCAUAUCAAUUGAUUUUAAGCUAAUCGAGUCCUUCCAAGAAUCUGUAGAUCCAUAUUUCGUUCAGUGCUCUUGGGCAGGGAGUCCUUUUAAUUGAACAACUUUGAAUCUGUUGUCUCUCUAGAUAAACUAUUAUAUGUAUGUAUAAAUAUGCAUAUAUGCAUUGUGUAUGCAUAUAUAUAUGUGUGUGUGUGUAUAUAUAUAUAUAUAUAUAUAUAUAUAUAUAUAUAUAUACAUACAUACAUAUACUAUUCUGAACCCCCCUCAAGGCUAGGUGAAGGUAUAUAUAAUAUCUACCAAUACUAUAGCCUUGGAAGCAUAGACUGUACAUUUAAACAGUCUGAUAGUUUAGUAUAGCAUAGCCCUGAGUAGACAUCAUUCACCUUCAGUUUUCAUUCAUGCCAUCCAUGUGUGUGGGAAGGGGAAAGAUAGAAAAACUUCUAGAAAAAUAGUUUUUAUUCCAAAAUGUUAUAAGCUUUCUUGGUAUGUUGGGGGGGAAAAGAAUUAGAUGGUUAGAAUUUGGCCUUGAGUCAAAUUGAACAAGUAAUGUAUUUUUUAAAGUGUGAUCUGUGUGUUUUUGUGUGUACGUUUAUCCAAAAACUAGGUAAAGCCAAACCACACUUAGCCUUGUCCAGGUCCUUUCACCUUUUCCUUCAUUGUUGACCUUCCUGUCUUACUGCUGACCCCACCAAAAGUUACAGAAAACCAUCCCUUAGCAUGCCAGGAGAGCAGAAUCUUUCUGACUACGAUGUGUAAACUGGUUCAUGGUUUCUAGCUGCAUUAGUAAAAUUAGGACUUUGUCUAUUAAUGGAAGUGAGGGGAGUGGGAGGGACAGUUGUUAGUGUUUGGGGUUUAUUUUUAGCUCAAUUUUUGCAGAUAUGCAUACUGUAGACACCUCUCCCCAUGACUUCAUUAACAUCCAACCCCCAACUGUGCAGCCAGACAGUGUGCUCUGGGGCCCAUUCAUAUAAGGAAGCAGCCUUUUAAUGAAGAUGAAGUUGUGUGGGAAAGGUGGGUAAUCUCCAAAAAGUGCAGCUAGUUGAGAAAAGAAAAAUAUCAGAUCUCCAUUGGGCAAAAA